AGACAGAGCGCGAGCGGAGGGAGAGGCAGGGAGCGCGAGAGCUGGGAGAGGCGACGGGCGCCGCGGCUGGCGGUGACGGGCGGCCCCACGCCGGGCCAGGCGGGGCGAGCGGGAGGACCCAGUGAAGAGCCUGCGAAGGGGCGAGGCUCGCGGGCGGCGGGAGCGGAGGGGGCGCCAGUCCCGGUCCUGGUCGCAGAAGGGCGCUGCAGGCAGGGGACGCCGGCUCGCGGGUAGCGCGGACCGACAGACUUACUGACCGACGGACGGAGGCACACCCCGCUCCACCCCACUCGACCUCGCCCGGAUCCCAGCGCCGGCGCCUCCUCCCUCCCGCUACUCCUGCGGCCACCCCUUCCUUCUCCACUUCUUUUCCGCCUCCGCCUCUUCUAGGCUCCCGCGGCGCCAGUGCUUUCUCCCGGCCCGGGUGGGGCGCCUCCUCUCCCUGAAGAGCUUUCCGUGGAGUCAAAGGGGACGUUUCAUUCUAGCAGAGAAGCAGCUCCUGCGCCGGGCAAGAGGUGCCGAGGGAGCAUCUCCCUCAAGGACCAGGGGAUGCAAAGGGUUAUCAAAAGAACUUACUGUAAAAGGACUCUUUUUGUUCCAAAGAGGUCUCCACUCCAGACGAGGAACAGUCUUGACUGAGGAUUCCCUGCUGCGGGUCUCUUUCUCAGUCAUCUUGAGUUCGGUCUAAUCGAAGACAGAGGUUAUGAAGUCGAUGCUAGAUGGCCUUGCAGACACCACCUUCCGCACCAUCACCACAGACCUCCUCUACGUGGGCUCGAAUGACAUUCAAUACGAAGACAUCAAAGGCGACAUGGCAUCCAAAUUAGGGUACUUCCCGCAGAAAUUUCCUUUAACUUCCUUUCGGGGAAGUCCCUUCCAAGAAAAGAUGACUGCAGGAGACAACCCCCAGUUAGUCCCAGCAGACCAGGUGAACAUUACCGAGUUUUACAACAAGUCUCUUUCAUCCUACAAGGAAAAUGAGGAGAACAUUCAGUGUGGGGAGAACUUCAUGGACAUGGAAUGCUUCAUGAUUCUGAACCCCAGCCAGCAGCUGGCCAUCGCCGUGCUGUCCCUCACGCUGGGCACCUUCACGGUUCUGGAGAACCUGCUGGUGCUGUGCGUCAUCCUGCACUCCCGCAGCCUCCGCUGCAGGCCGUCCUACCACUUCAUCGGCAGCCUGGCGGUGGCAGACCUCCUGGGGAGUGUCAUCUUCGUCUACAGCUUCGUCGACUUCCACGUGUUCCACCGCAAAGAUAGCCCCAACGUCUUUCUGUUCAAACUGGGCGGCGUCACAGCCUCCUUCACCGCCUCAGUGGGCAGCCUGUUCCUCACAGCCAUCGACAGAUACAUAUCCAUUCACAGGCCCCUGGCCUAUAAGAGAAUCGUCACCAGGCCCAAGGCCGUGGUGGCGUUUUGCCUGAUGUGGACCAUCGCCAUUGUGAUCGCCGUGCUGCCUCUCCUGGGCUGGAACUGCAAGAAACUGCAGUCCGUUUGCUCGGACAUCUUCCCGCUCAUUGACGAAACCUACCUGAUGUUUUGGAUCGGGGUCACCAGUGUGCUGCUGCUGUUCAUCGUCUAUGCGUACAUGUACAUUCUCUGGAAGGCGCACAGCCACGCGGUCCGCAUGAUCCAGCGCGGCACCCAGAAGAGCAUCAUCAUCCACACGUCAGAGGACGGCAAGGUACAGGUGACGCGGCCGGACCAAACCCGCAUGGACAUUCGGCUGGCCAAGACCCUGGUCCUCAUCCUUGUGGUUUUAAUCAUCUGCUGGGGCCCUCUGCUCGCCAUCAUGGUGUACGAUGUCUUUGGGAAGAUGAACAAGCUCAUUAAGACCGUGUUUGCGUUCUGCAGUAUGCUCUGCCUGCUGAAUUCCACGGUGAACCCCAUCAUCUACGCCCUGAGGAGCAAGGACCUGAGACAUGCUUUCCGGAGCAUGUUCCCCUCGUGUGAAGGCACCGCGCAGCCUCUCGAUAACAGCAUGGGGGACUCGGACUGCCUGCACAAACACGCAAACAACGCGGCCAGCGUGCACAGGGCCGCAGAGAGCUGCAUCAAGAGCACGGUGAAGAUUGCCAAGGUGACCAUGUCUGUGUCUACAGACACGUCUGCCGAGGCUGUAUGAGCCUGACGCCGCCCUGGCAGCACAGGAAAAGAAAGGCAUUUUUUUUUUUUUAAGCUCAAAAUCUAGGCGAGUCUGUUGUCUCAUCGGUUAUAUUUUUUAAGUUUACCAUGUUCCCUGAAAAGGUGAUUGUCACCAUGAUCAGUUAUCUGUUCUCUAAUGUUUCGAUAGUGUAGGUUCUCAAACUGAAUUGUCCAGGGGUUUACAGUGAAGAAAGCCUGUUGCUUAAGUGACUGGAAGGUCCUUCAAAGUCUCAAUGAAAUAGGACGGAAACCUUUGGCUACACAAUUUGAAGUCUAAGUACCGAUAAAAAAAUGCCAUCAAAUGAGUAAUGCCUUUGUAACCACAACUUUCAUUAAAAUGUGAAACGUAUUUGUCCAUCAGUAUCAGAGAUGUCCAUUUUACAACAGUCAUAGUACUACAGUAGAGUUAUUUUGUAAAAUGUGUUGUGUCCUAUGAGAUGUGUAUCAGUGUUACCAUGUGUUGUUUAUAUUUGUCUAGUUCAGCAAAACUGAAACAUAGAACUUUAUGAAAACAGUGAACACAAGCAAUGGAUAUGUGACAGUGAGACCAAUUUUUUAAAAAAUAUUGCCCACAAUAUAACUUUAGAAACCUUAAUAUUUUUUC